AUGGCCACCCCCUUCGAACUGCCAGAGCAAGACCUGACUCUCUACGACUUCAUCUUCGCCGAUACUCAUGUACUUGAGGACCAGAUUUGGUUCCUGGAUGCUAUAACAGGCGAACACUACACCCGCCACCAGGUCAAAGAUCGCACUGAUGCACUUGCUCGUGGUCUCGGCUGCUAUGUGGAUUCCAAGGCGCCUCCUGAGACGCACAGGGUACCGCACUGCUUCCCGCCCGUUGUAAGCAUUGUCUCGCCCAAUGACAUCGACUUUGGUACCGUAGUGUGGGCAUGUCACAAAUUGGGUUUUACGGUUGCGCCAAGCAGCGCACUUACUACUACAAACGAGCUCAUUCAUCAACUCCGUCUCACUAAUGCGACUUUUAUCAUCACCCAUCCUGUCGCACUCUCACAGGUUCUUGCUGCAGCUUCCGAAGUGGGAAUACCAACAGAGCAUGUUCUGGUUUUAGAUGCCCAGCAUGCCUCAUCUUUGAUUACGACGGAGGCUUUGAUCGUUGCCGGCGCCGAACCCUUCGUACGGGGAGCGUCCCUGGAGCCCCUCCAAUUAAAUUCGCUUUCAGAGCCCAGAGUUGCCUUCCUGUGCUUCAGCAGCGGUACUACCGGAUUGCCAAAAGCGGUUGUGAUCCCCCACAGGGCUGUUAUUGCCAACAUUCUCCAGGUCACUCAUUCUGGAUGCCUUCACCCCCGGUCUUCGAACCCUUCUAAGCAAGAUAAGGCCCUCGGCGUCGUCCCCAUGUCACACAUGUUUGGACUUCUGACCUUGCUACAUGUCUGCCCCUACUUGGGCAUUACGUCAACCAUAUUUCCUUCAAUGCCACCCUUCGAUCGGUUCCUUGACCUUGUGCAGAAAUGGCAAAUCAACCAUCUGUUCCUAGCACCCCCCCUCGUCAAUGCCUUCAUCAAGCAUCCUUCGGCAAAGGGACGCGACUUUGGCUUUUUUAAGACCUGCUUGGUAGCAGCCGCACCUCUGGACGGUCAAAGUGAGGAGAGUUUCCACGAUCUUGUGAAUUCAACGGAUUUCGUUAUUAGCCAAGGUUUUGGCAUGACAGAAACAGCUGGUCUUAUCACUGGGCCGGCGCUGGGUGUUGCCCCCCACCGCGGAUCUGUCGGACGACUGAUGCCGUUUACUGAAUCAAAAGUGCUAAGUGUUUCUGAGGUCUCUGCUCCCCGAAAUUCUGGAAGAAUACGGGGAGAACUGUUUGUACGCGGGCCUCAGCUCUGUCUUGGGUACUUGGAUAAUGAAGCUGCGACUAAGGACGCGUUUGACAGCGAGGGCUUCAUUCGGACUGGCGAUGAAGUUGAGAUGGAUGAAAACGGGACGAUCUACAUCGUUGAUCGCAUCAAAUCCAUGAUCAAAUGCAAGGGUUUUCAAGUCAGUCCGUCGGAACUUGAGGGCCACAUUCGUGAGCACUCGUUCGUUAAGGAUGUCGCAGUUGUUGGUAGGCCAGACGACCGAUGUGGAGAAGUCCCGGCCGCCUUUGUGGUGUUGUCUGACUCUGGUGUCCAGAGGCUUCAAGAUGGAGAUGAUAUUCAGGAGUCCAUAAUACGCUAUGUGCAAGCCAAUAAGUCGCAACACAAAUGGCUUGCAGACGUCCGUUUCCUCGAUUGCAUUCCCAAACUCGCCUCUGGUAAAGUGGACACUCGGGAACUCAAG